CUAUGUAUGAAAAGAAACAGGAAACUCCUCCGAUCUGAUCUGUUCGACACUUUAACAGCAGUGGAAGAAUCGGAGGCAAAGGCUGGCAGUUAAUGACUUCAUUUCACUCUCUUUUUAAUCAACGAUGGCCGUAAAGGCACUCGAUUGAUUAUCGACGCCGUCUCUUUUAUACUUUUAACUUUAGAAGCUCCGGAAAUUUAAAAAACUCCAGUUUAAAGCGGCGGUGCGCGUGUGUGAAAGAGUUGGGCGUGAGUCGUCGGGUGGCUCCAUAUUUCACCCGCCUGUGUAUGAUAAUUCUUUACUUUUUGACACUUCGACUUCUUAAAUCAUUUAGAAGCCUUUUAAACUUCGAAAAGAUGGGGUGCACCCUGAGCUCGGACGACAAGAGCGCCCAGGAGAGAAGUAAAAUGAUUGACAGAAACCUGCGGGAUGAUGGAGAGAAAGCGUCGCGAGAGGUCAAGCUGCUGCUGCUGGGCGCUGGUGAAUCCGGGAAAAGCACAAUUGUCAAACAAAUGAAAAUCAUCCAUGAAGCGGGGUACUCAGAGGAAGAGUGCAAACAAUACAGAGUCGUGGUUUACAGCAACACAAUCCAGUCCAUCAUUGCCAUCAUAAGAGCCAUGGGCCGCCUGAGGAUUGACUUUGCGGAUCCUGAACGAGCUGAUGACGCAAGACAGCUGUUUGUGAUGGCCGGCUCCGUAGAUGAGGGUUUCAUGACGAGUGAGCUUGCCGGAGUAAUCAAGCGGCUCUGGAGGGAUGAAGGCGUACGGCUUUGUUUCCAUCGCUCCAGAGAGUACCAGCUCAAUGACUCUGCCUCAUACUACCUGAAUGAUCUGGACAGAAUAUCCAAUAGUUCAUAUGUCCCAACACAGCAAGAUGUUCUGAGGACCAGAGUGAAGACUACUGGUAUUGUGGAAACCCACUUCACAUUCAAGGAUCUUCACUUCAAGAUGUUUGACGUAGGUGGCCAAAGAUCUGAGAGGAAGAAAUGGAUUCACUGCUUUGAAGGAGUGACCUCCAUCAUCUUCUGCGUGUCCCUCAGUGAUUAUGACCUGGUCCUGGCUGAGGAUGAGGAGAUGAACCGAAUGCAUGAGAGCAUGAAGCUGUUUGACAGCAUCUGCAAUAACAAGUGGUUUACGGACACCUCCAUCAUCCUGUUUCUCAACAAGAAGGAUCUGUUUGAAGAGAAGAUCAGGAUGAGCCCGCUUAGUAUUUGUUUCCCAGAAUAUCCAGGAUCUGACGUAUAUGAAGAGGCGGCUGCUUACAUCCAGUGUCAGUUUGAGGACCUGAAUAAGAGGAAGGACACCAAAGAGAUUUACUCUCACUUCACCUGUGCCACUGACACCAAGAACGUGCAGUUCGUCUUUGAUGCCGUCACUGAUGUCAUCAUCAAAAACAACCUAAAGGACUGCGGCCUCUUCUAAAGCCAGCUCAUUGUGUUGACAGCGAGUGGCCUGAUGUUAAAUCUUUGGGAGAACCAAAACAGGAAGAAGGUCAACCAUGAACCUGAAUGUUGAAUGCAUUACUUAACUUCAUAUUUAUGUUCUCUGAACAUUUUAGAUUUUUUUAGGGUGUUUUAGGGAAGAAAAAAAAGAGCAUUUUGUGUAAAAUAUUUGUACAACUGUAAUUGUUCCUGGAAUUUUUCACCAUUUUUAGACAUUGUCUUUAAAGGUCCUUUUUAAAGGCUAUUUUUCAUUCAAAGGGUUUCUGGGAACAAUUUUUUUUCCAGUUUUUACUCCGAAUACUAAGGUCAUGUGCCUUCAGUUAAUGUUGCAGUGCUUUUCUUUGCCACUUCAACUGAGUUUAAUAAGAGACAGUUGAUAUUUAUCCACACAACUCUCAUCUGCUCAACUGUAGUAUAAAAAGCCUGAUAUUUUUAAGACCAAACAACUGUGAGUGACUGUUUAAAUGUAUAGUAGCUUAUUUCUGUCACAGGAUUAACUUACGUUUUUGGUUUUGACAUAUAAUCUUGGAAUAAAAGUAGCAAAAACAAAAUUAAAUAAAUGUUACACAGUGUUUCAAGAAGGUCUCAAAUCUGGGAUACAAAUUGCAAGCUAAAACUUUUCAUUCUGAGCUUGUCGCAUUUCUACAUAUAUUGCAUUCUUGUUUUUUUUAUGUGGCAGUACUUGGUUCAUCUUGAAUUCAGAUUUUUAGAAUUGUUAAUUUAAGUUUUUGGUAACUUUAUUUUGAUGGUCCCAUUACACAUUUUGUUGACAAAGUUGCAGUGCAACUACAUUCCAAUUACUUCUAAUUUGAGUAUUAGUAGAGGGUCUGCUCCUUCAACAUAUUUAACUGCCUAAGAGACUUGGCAAGUACUUGUGAACAUACACUAACCAUAACCCCAACCUAACAGUCUACUUAUAAUCUUUUGAGAUUUAUUUGGCAUGUAGAUGCAAUGUAACUUAAAUUCAACAAAAUCCGUUAAAGAGACCAUCAAAUAAAAGUGAUACCAAUUUUUUUUACAUUUUUGGAAAUUCUGCUUUAUCUAGUGAGCGAGUUUGGCGCAAUUCAUAUUUAUCUCUAAAUGGAAAUUCUGACUUUAAUAAUCCACGCUUUUCCCUGGUAUUUAAUAUUUUUAAGACAAUUUCUCACGAUUCUGCUUUACAUGAAGCUAGUGAGUUUGUUACAAUUCAGAUUUUUUUGUCACAAUUCUGCAUUUAUGUGGCAAUGCUGAAUUUGUUACAUUUCUGACUUUAGUAUUGCAAGUCUGCCACCGUUUUAACUUUUAACUUUUGUCGCAAUUCCGCUUUAAAGCUGUCAAAAUUCAGAUUUUGUCUUUAUAAUUGUCUUAAAUGGAACUUUGAGUUUAAAUCUUGAAAGUCUUUAAAGUCUACAUUUUGCUGCAGAUUUUACUUUUUGCUGUAAUUCUAACUAAAGCUCCACAGUGCGUGUGUGUGUGUGUGUGUGUGUGUGUGUGUGUGUGUGUGUGUGUGUGUGUGUGUGUGUGUGUGUGUGUGUGUGUGUGUGUGUGUGUGUGUGUGUGUGUGUGUGUGUGUGUAUGCUAAUUUUGCAGUUAUGUCCUUCAUUUUUGACUAGAAUUGUAAGUUUUCACAUUUGAGAUUGUUUAAAGUUCAUAAGUUGCUAAAUUUAACUCACAGUUUUUAAGUUUUUCGCAAUACAGAUUUUACAUAUUUAAAUGCUCUAUUUAGUUAAAAUUAUGAAGAAAAGCUACAAAUUGUAAUCCUGUGGCAGAAAUGGGCUUUCCCACAAAACUAUCAAUUUAACAGGAAAAUCCAAACAUAUCAAAAGCUUUUUGCCUGUUCCUAAGAGUUUUUAAAGCUUGUGCUGAAUCUCGUACAGCCGUCAUUAGCAGCACAGCGUGUGUGUGUGUCAGAUUUGCCUGUGAUUGGAAUGAUGGAAAAACUGCGGUGAGCUUCAAAUUAGCUGUUGAAUUGGUUCCUGUGCACCUGCACAUCAUGAACUGUUUUAAUGGGGAACUCCUCAAAAGGUCAACAUUUCACAAUAAGAGACAUUUUUACUGAUCAAAGGGAACCAACCGUUGUCAAAUGGAUUUAAAGGGACCAAAGAAUAGGACUUUUUUUUUUUUUGUUUGUUUUAGGUUCAUACUUGGUUACAUAAUUUAAUCUAGACAACCUGUAUAAUAGAAAAUCCUAUAGAAACCUUCAGUAGGAAUGCAGACCGUUUUUCUGAUAAUAGCCUGAUCAAUUCAAAUGGUUGUAAACUUCCCUUUAAUGUAGGUUCUUAUUGGAUGGGAAGAAAUGUUGACUAAUAUUCAUUAUUUUGCUAAUAAAAAUGCUGUUGCAAGAACAGCAUGCUAAAAAAA